GUGACGCGUCCCCACGCGGGGCCGCUUCCGCUCCCACCCGCGGCGGCGGCGGCGGCGGCGGCGGCGGCGGCAGCGAACCGAGCCCGGGGCGGCGGCAGGACACCGGCGAGAUGUUUGCCGUCUGCCCGCCGGCAAAUGCCCCGUUCCGGCAGGGCCGGGGGGGCCCAGUGCUGGACACGGCCAUCACAGAGGCUGGACAUGGACAGGAUUCCAACUCCAACUUCGUGGGAGAGGUGUGUGACAGCAACGAGAACUGGAGCCGGCCAGCGCCGGGGUCCCCUCCGGAGGAGAGCUCCAGCCGGAGCGAAAACACAACAAAUCCAUCGGAUAAUCUGCUGUUAUUAAUGCAGAGACAGAUGGCCCAGGGCCGGCCUGGGGACACCCCCCUGAGCCUGGGCGCCACACAGCAGCGGCCCCCCGAGCAGGGGGUGCGCAGCCCCCCCGAGGGAGCAGAGGUUGGUGGGGCCGGGGGGCAAAACGCUGCCACCGAGGAGGCAGCCGGGGGCUAUGGCAAGUCCCCGAGCUCCCCUGUGGAGGACAAUGGCUACGGCAGCAGCUCCCUCAGCAUCGACAGCCCCGACAGCGCCUGCGGGAGCACUUGGGACCCUCCUGCCUCUGCCCCCAUCCCCGGGAGCCCACCGCAGCCAGGGGUGUCCAAGCCCGAGCCAGGGACCCUCUUCCCAGUGCUGGCGGCAGCCAUGCAGCACCUCCAGGACAAGGAGCGCUUCAAGGAGCGGGAGAAGGAGAAGCACCACAUCCAGCUGGUGAUGUACCGGCGCCUGGCCCUGCUGCGCUGGAUCCACGGCCUCCAGCAGAAAGUCGUGGACCAGCAGAACCGGUUGCAGGAGAGUUUCGACACCAUCCUGGAUAACCGCAAGGAGCUCAUCCGCUGCAUGCAGCACGGCCCGGUGUGCCCCGCCGGCGCGGCUGCCACCAGCCCAUGAGGUGCCACCGGUGCUGCCAGCACAGCCCUCGCCCUCCUGGUUGGCGCGGGGUUGGCUGGUGGCAUCUCUGUGCUGCAUGCCAAUGCUGAGUGCUGCUGGGCACCAGGGCACUCACCUUGUCCUUCCCAUCUCUCUCCAGUGUAGCUGAGCAUCCCCAAACAUUGAUCUCAGUUUUCCCUCUACAUGGGAAUUCAUUUUCUUCUGCUCCGUGUCCCACUGGUCUGUGGGCCAUGUGGUAUCAGGCUGGGUAGACCUCAGGACCUUGGGGUUUGCUGAGCCCAGCAUGAUGAGGCUCGUCUUUUAGAUAUAAUUUGUGGUCUGUUGUACAUCUGGGAUGUGCUGGGACAGACCCUGUGGUGAGCCCCGUGUGGUGCCACCUCGAGGGCUUCAGGGCAGCAAAGCUUUCAAAUGUACCUGGGCAAAGAGCUUCAGCAUGUGCUCGGGCACCAUCACAAGCUCACUUUGUCCCCUCAUCACGCUCACACCAGCAUGCAUGUACAGAAACAGUGUUGUGGUGUGGGCAAGGCCUCCUGAGCUUGUUCCUCUGGACUUGCCCAGGCGCGCUGCUUAAUGAAGCGCCUGUGAAAGCUUUGCAGAUAAAAUCUAAACUCGUGCAGAGAGAUGGAGACAGAAUAAACCCCAAACUUGUUCUGAAAAGUGACCUCAGAAUGCUUAAAAAAGUGUCAACUGCUUCAAAUCCAGUAUUUUUUUGUUUUGAUUCAGUAUUAGAGAAGAGUUGGAUUUGUACUUACAGCCAGUGUGUAUAUGUGCACAUCUGUCUGUCGUGGGAGAUGCUUUAACAUGGUGCGUGGUCAGGAAGCUGCUUGCAAACUUGUGCUGUUGGUAUUUAUAUUAAUUUAUCAUUUGGAAGCAAAGAGAAUAUGUUUUUCUAAUCUACAUUUUACCCAGUGAGGACUGCAUACAGAAUACAGAGAGCUGGAGAUUAAAAUGGAGAUGCUGUGUUUGUUUGCUGUAUUUUACUAAGUGUUAGUAGGACUUGUAUUCUAUUUAAGUUGCUGAAGUGAAAAGAGCAGCAGUGGGGUUGUUUCACUGUGUGGAGGGGACUGUGCUCCUGCCUGGAGUCCCUGUGCAGAGCCAGGCACUGAUUUUGUUUCUCAUCUGCAAAAGGAGGGUGAUGAGGAAUUUCAGAGGUCCCAAACUUCUUCCUGCCCUCGCAGUGGAGCUGAGAGGUGGCUGCAUCCCCACCGGGACAGUGUCCGGCCGCCUGGGCAGAUCCCAGCUUCCACCGACCACUAGAUGCUACUGCACCACAAAGAAAUAGCCACGGCCAAGCUGUGACCUGUAGGGCCAGGGCUGCACCGAGCCCUCUGUCCUACACCAGGGCAUAGCCGGGCUCUGCUCCCGCCCGAGGCUGUGGGUAAAUUGGGAUCUGCAAAACUCUGCUUCUGAAAAGGACAUUGUGGUGGCAAAGACUACCCUUGGCUCAAAGUGACCUGUGCUGGCCACUGCACCCGGUGCUGGGAACCAAGGGAGUCCAGCAGAAUCACACCCUCACUGCCUCGCCACCCUCCUGCUUGCUCGUAUCCAGCGCCUGCUGCCUGUGUCGUAUCCCAAGCGUGUGUUUGUGGGCAUGUUGCACACCUUAAUAAAAGCCUUGGAGGUGAAAGAGCUGA